UUGUCUUUUGUCACAAUGUUUUGCAGACUUGCUGAAUGCACACUCACAGAUGAGUCCUGUGGAAUUGUGGCUACUGUUCUACAGUCACCAAACUCCCUGACAGAGCUGGACCUGAGCAACAAUGACCUGGGAGAUUCUGGAGUACAGCUUCUUUCUAACGGAUUGUCUAGUCCCCACUGCAAACUGCAGACAUUAAGGCUCUCUGAUUGUCUCAUCUCAGAAAAGGGUUGUAUUUGUCUGGCUUCAGUUCUGUCUUCAAACCCCUCCCACCUAAAAGAGCUGGAUCUGAGCUACAAUCAUCCCGGAGAAUCAGGACUGAAGCUGUUAUCUGUUAGCCUGGAGGAUCCUGUCUGUAAACUGGAGAUGCUUAAAACAGACCAUCCAUCUGUAAACAGAGCACGACCACGUUUGCUGAGAUAUGCCUGUGAGAUCACACUGGACCCAAACACAGCACACAGACUGCUCUCUCUCUCUAAGAGGAGCAAAAAGGUGAGACGUGUGAGAGAGGUGCAGCCGUAUCCUGACCACCCAGAGAGAUUUGACAGGUGGUAUCAGGUGUUGUGUAGAGAGGGUCUGUCUAGACGCUGCUACUGGGAGGCUGAGUGGAGUCGGGGUGGGGCUCGUAUAGGAGUGGCGUGUAAAAGCAUCCAGAGGAAAGGGAAGAAUGAUGACUGCCAGCUGGGUCAUAAUGACAAGUCCUGGAGUCUGGACUGCUCUCCUCAUAAAUACUCUGCCUGGCACAAUAAUGAACACACUGGCAUACCUGCCCCCUCCUCCUGCUCCAGAAGAGUAGGAUUGUACCUGGACUUGCCGGCUGGCACUCUGUCCUUCUACAGCGUCUCCUCUGACACACUCACCCACCUGCACACGUUCCACUCCACAUUCACUGAGCCCCUCUAUCCUGGGUUCAUGGCUUAUUCUGACUCCUCAGUGUCCCUGUGCCAGAUC